GAAAGAGUUCUGCCAAAGCCUGACACAGGCAGAAAGCCAUCUGAAAAAUCGACUCCACCAAGGGAAAAAUACAAAUCGGUCUCUUUUGAUGAUCAAGUAGGGAAAGUUGCACCAGAGCAAGGAAAAUUAACUGGUUCGGAUAAAGAGAAUGCAAAAUCGAAGAAAAAGGAGGACAAGCUUCAGAAGGAAAAAGAAGAAAAUCCUUCUCCAUCAGCUGAUAAAAAGAACACUCCCUCUCCACCAGCUGAAAGAAAAAACACUAGCCAGUCAUCAAGGCGGUACACCUAAAAAACGGUUAAUUAGAGAUGAGCGUAAAACUUCAUUUGAUCUAGAAUUAGCUAAGAUAUUUGGAGAAACACGAGUUGAAGUUGUUAAAAAGAAGAAAAAAGUAAUUCACAAGGUGAAAAAAGAUUCUUUGGUGAAAGUGAAGAAAAUCAACAAAAUUACUAAUCAAGAAUGCAGAGAGAAAGAUAAAACAAGCUCAAAGGCUCCUUUACAAAAAGAAAACAAGCAGGCAUCAUCAAGCUCAAAUAAAGAAAGAAGUAGUGAAACAGUUGAUUCAGAAAACAGUAAGAAUGUGGUCCUAGUUGAUGACAAAGAACACAGUGUUAAAACAUUGGAAGCCAAAGCAAAGCAGCAUGGCAAAGAACAGGAUAGUACCAAAACAACUGAAAACAAAAUUCAGCAGCACAGCAACAAAACAUCUGAUGGCAAGGUUCAGAAGCAUUGUGUCAAAGCAACUGAAAGCAAAAUUCAACAGCAAAGUGCCACAUCCCUUGAAAACAAAGAGCAGCAGUGUAGUGCUAAUACAUCUGAAGACAAAAUCCAACAGCAAAGUGUCAAAACAUCUGAUGGCAAAGAACAGAAGCAGAGUGCUAAGAUAUCUGAAAGCAAAAUUCAGCAACAUAGACUAAAGACACCUGAAGGCAAAAAUCAACAUAUUACCAAAACAUCAGAAAUUAAGGAAAGGCCAAGUACCAAAACAUCAGAAGUUAAAGAAAAGCAAAAUACCAAACCAUCAGAAGUUAAAGAAAAGCAAAGUACGAAAACAUCAGAAGUUAAGGAAAAGCAAAGUACUAAAACAUCAGAAGUUAGAGAAAGGCCAAAUACCAAAACAUCUGAGAUUAAAGAAAAACAAAGUACCAAAACAUCAGAGGUUAAAGAAAAUGAAAGUUUCAAAACAUCUGAAGAUAAAGAAAAGAAAACUACCAAAACAAAUGAAGGCAAAGUUCAACACCAUAGUCUUAAAACAGUUGAUAAUAAGGAACAAGCUGAAGCUGCCACAGCAAAUGCUAGCAGGGAAAGUGGUGAAAAUGAUUCAAGUCCUGAGAAAAAUAAUCAGACUGUGUUACAAGGCCAUAAGAAUAAUGAAGCACAAAUUGCAAAUAUUUCCCCAAAAGAUACAGUAGAAAUGAUGUCCAAUAAAGAAAAAACAAAAACAGUUGAUGAAAGCCCAGGAGAAAUGAACAUAGAAUGUUUAGAAGGGAAAAUUUUGCUCAUCACAAGGAACGCCAGUAAAGUAGACCUCGGCAAGAAACAUGUGAGCCGCUGGGAUGUUGUUAUCAAGGUGGAGAAGGGGGAGAAAGUUCAGCCAGUGCCAGUUCAAAGUUGUGCAACCACUCCCAAAAAGAGGAGCCGGUGGGAUCAGAUGGAAAAAGAGAGUAGAUUUGUAUCAGAAGAACCAGAUAGGAAAGAAAGUGUGAGUGGGGAGGAGGAGAAGAACAAGGCAAAAGAUAAAAUUUUAAAUGUGAAAGGAGAUCAUCAGGAAUCAGUAGAUACACAAGAUGAGUCUGCAUCUGUUUCUAAGAAACUGAAGGGGGCUGACCUAUUUGCUGACAAGAAUAAGAAGCUUCAGAAGACUCUAAAUGAUUUGUUUUGUGAAGAAACUCCAGCUGGGAAUGAUGGGGACCAGACAUCAGUAGCCUCUGAUCAGCAAAGGAAAUCAAAACCCAAAUUAAGAAAAACUUUAACAGAUCUUUUUGGCAAUCUAUCUUCAUCCUUCUGUGAUGGUGAGGAAGAAGAUGAGGAAUAUGAGCCUAGUGCUGGCUUCCAAAAUAAACGUGGAACACUGAAUAGUACAGACAGUCUGCCAGAAGUAGGAGGAGGAGGAGGAGAGUAUGAACCAAAAUCAUUAAGCAAAAUUAAUACAGUUGAAGAAUAUGACCCAAAAUCUUCGCAGAAAAGUUCAUUGAAACCAGCUUACGAGCCCAAGUCAACAUCAAAACCAGUUUCAGAGACUGAGUAUGAACCACAGCCAAUAUCAGCAGUUGUCAACAAACCAGAAUACACUCCAAAACCAAUUAACACAGAUAGUGCAAAGACUGAGUACGAGCCAAAACCUAUCUCAAAAGCUCUCCCGAAGCCUGAGUACAAACCCAUGUCUGUGUCAAAGAGUUCAUCCUCCAAGAAAAGUUCUGAGAAUGCCUCAAAGACCACGGCUGAGAAGCGAAGCGACAACGGAGGAUUGGUGGCACCAAAGCACGAUUCAAAGUCAAAGCCAGGAUGCGAUUCACAGCCUACUAGAACAUCAAAAGGUGAUGAUAGUUCCAAGACCUCAAAGGGGGAAUCAAAAAUGUCUGACUCAAAAUCUUCUUCGAAGAAGAGCUCAGAUACGGAGGACCUGAAGACCAAAGGGAAUUCAGAUUUAGAACAGGUUCUGAAAGCACUGAAAACUAUUUCGAAGGUAGAUGAAGAUCCAAAAUCUAAGACAACAUCAAAAUCAGAAAAAGAUUCAAAAUCCAAACCUACAUCAAAAUUGGAACAUGAUUCAAAAUUGAAAUCAAAGUCAAAAUCAGACAGUACUUCAAAAGAACGAGAAAUAACUUCCAAAUCAUCAAAAGACUCAAGAUCGAAGUCAGAGAAAGAUUCCAGAUCAUCCAAAGGGAGUUCCAGGUCAGAACAUGAAUCAAGACACAGCUCCUCAAAGAGAAAAUCAGAUUCAAGGCGUGAACCAUCGAAGAAAGCCACAAGGUCAGAUGAAUCCUCACAGACUUCAAAAAAGCCAUCAAAAGAUGAACGUAAUUCUAAAUAUGUGAAGGAGACCUCAACAUCUCACUCCGACUCAAAAUCCAGAAGUUUGUCGAAUUCUGAUUGUAAUUUAAAGUCCACAAAAAGUAAUAUAAAGUCUGAAGAUGGAAAGAUGUCAAAGGCUUCUGAUCCAAAGGCCUCAAAGGAUGUGUCAAAAACGUCUCAUUCAAAGCAUUCAAAAGCCCCAUCAAAAUCAGAUUCCAGCUCAAAAUCUUCAAAAGAUUCCAGAAGACCAGACAGUGAACCAAAAUCUAAAGGGGUGUAUAAGGGAGAAAAUGCAUCUCCAAACACCAAAGAGCAAAUGAAAUCAGAGGAUGCAAAAUCAGCAAAGAUGGUGUCAAAAGAUCCAUCCAAGCCAACAAAACAUCAGAUGGAUUCAAGUGAAACUGCCCCUAGAGAGUUACCAACAUCAGACAAAGAUUCCAAAUCAUCUAAAAGAACAGGCUCAGAUCAGUUAAAAAAGUCCAAUAAAGAUGCUAAGACAUCCAAGGAAUCUAACCAAACCUCUGCGGCAAAAGAGAGUUCAAGUUCUCAGACAUCUUUGGAGAUAAAAUCAUCUAAAAAAUUGUUAAGUCCUUCAUCAAAAGAAACCAUGAGUACAGGAGAAAAACCAUCAGGAGUUGCAACAGCCAAACCAGAGGAAGAAAUGAAAUCCAAAGACUCAGUAAAAUCAGAAAAACACAAAACCAAAGUUAGUGCAGCUGUUCCUUUAUCAGAGUCUGACUCUUCAUCCAAAAAAGAUCCUUCAAAAUUAAACCAGAAUGUUGUGCUGUCAGAGAACACAAAAUCAAAAGGAGAGCAAGAUAUGAAGAACAGCAACCGAACAUCUGCAAGUUCUCAAAGUAAAGGUAAGAAAGGAGAUGAUGAUCAGUAUGUACCAAAAGCACUCUCAAGCGAAAAAAGACGGGCCAAGUACGUUCCUCAGGCAUUAACUUUACCAACCAAUAACAUAAUUGAAGAGGAUGAAUACAGUCCCCUCCCAGUUGGGCUUGAUAAACCAACACCAGAAUACAUUCCAAGUGAUAUCUCUGAGAAGUCUACACAUUUACUGCAAGAAGAGGAAUAUGUCCCGCUCCCAGCCAAAGUUAUACCUUAUGGAGCUGGUGCUUCAACAUCCGAGGACACUAACAAAAAAACAGUGAAUCCACAGUCUGACCAGCAAUUAGUAGUCACUCACAGCAUUGACAAAAUUAUCCCAGGGUUUUAUCGUGAGCAGGAGGGAGGUGACAAUAGCCAGGGAAAUACAGAUGCAAACUCAGGGAAGAAAAGUAAAGACCAGGACCAGUCUGGCAGUGGAUCAUCAAAGAAGAAUGGGGCUAGAAAGCUAAAGACAAAAGUGCCGGGGCCUGGUGCAGCUUCAGGAGGUUCAAAAGUACUAGUGUAUGUUCCACCACCACCAACCUAUGAACAUAUUGUAAGCACCCUAGGAAAUUAUGAUAUUCCUGAAGUAGUCCAUCCAACUGCUUUUUGUAGCAAUCCAACUGAUGUACCACCAAAAAGUUUGGAAAUUGGAGGCAAAGUUCUUAAACUGCAGACAACAGUGACAUCAGAUUUAAAUGACUUUGAGGGCCGUUUUCAAGAGGAUGGGCUGUAUAAUUGGCGGUUGCUUUUGAAUACCUUGAAUUCAGAAGUGUCAGAGCAAGUUGUUCACAAUCCAUAUAUGAUAAAGACUCAAGGGAGUGCUAAGUCUGCAAUACUAACACCCCUGAGAGCUCCACCAUCACCAGCAGAUGUUACAAAGUGGGUGAAAGCAAGGAAAAUCAUUAAGACAAUCAAUGAGGGGAAAGGUGAUGAAAGUGAUGAUGAUGAAAAUGAUGGUGGUGAUGAUCCAUCAUCAUCUUCAAAAGAUAAGCAGAAGAAGUCAGAGGAUAAUGUAGGUAGUUCUUCAUCAGAUAAAGGAACAAAAGAAGCAACACAAAGUGAAUCAUCAGGUGAGAAGACAAAAGGUCUGUCCAAAAAGUGUGUAGAAAAUGUUAUAUUUAGCACCAGCACACCCCAGUCACAGAAGUUCUCAGGCCUUAAGUCGCUGCAACUCACACCUAUAGGAGAGACCAAAACAUCAGGAGAGAGUGCUGCAGUGGAAAAAACUCCAUCAGCAAUAUCAGGCCAGAGGAACACAAAACGCAGAGUUUCAUGGGAAAAUGAUGCGCCACUCACAACAGUUGCAGGUGAACCCAAGAGGAGACGAGUUUCUUUUGAAGGAAUGUCAGACACAGACCUAGGUGUUCAGAGGCUAGACCGGGAAGGAAGUCAAAAGAGGGAUAAGUUUGGUAGUCUUGAAUUGGUUCCAGAGGAAAUACAGGAGUCUACAGAUGCAAAUAUGCCACCAAAGCAACAACAUCAGCUAAAAGGAUCAACCCUUCCUACUACCAGUGGAACAUCAGGUCCUGGAAUGAAGAAAGGGGACGAUCUUCAAGGUGGAGCAGAACAGACAGAGAAGAACAAACCUUCCCAGGUGUCCGAGGUGAGGGCAGACCCCUCGCUUUCUGACACUGAGGACUUCAUAGAUAGUUCUCAGCCUCCUGUGUCACUUACUCCAUCCGUCCCAUCAAAGAUUGCAAGACAAGGAAGUCAGCUUAGCAGUGAUUCCAGUCUACGUAGACAACUAAUGGACACACAAUUUCGCCAACAGUUUCUUAGCUUUUCUGAAGGACUAACAUCAUUAUCACAGGGUAUAGAAGGUCCAACUUUGAAUAACACUUAUGGGUUUAAAUUCUCGUCCCAAAACCUGCGUGAAGCGAAGGCACUCCACGAGCACGAGUUCCUCACAGUAAUGUGCCUAGAGUGCCACAUUACCACAAGGCCUGGAUUGCUACCAGACCCACAGCUUGACCCCAUUUCAGCUGUCUUGUUCACCAUCAUUCAGGAUGUUCCGGACGACCACCCAACUCCGCAGAAAUUGAAAGGUGCUCUGGUAGUAAGCAGUGGAGGCUGUGACCUGAUCACACGGUGUGGCAUCACUGACCUCUCUGUACUUCAUGUUGAUAGUGAGAUUGAGAUAUUUAAUGAAGUUGUCAAGUUGGUUACCACCUGGGAUCCAGAUAUGUUAGUUGGAUAUGAGGUACAGAUGUCAUCUUGGGGUUACUUGCUUGAAAGAGGAACAGCACUGAAGCUGGAAAUCAUCUCGCAGCUCUCUCGCGUUCCCGAAGGGAGCUCCAGUCACUUUGCCGAAGACAUGGAUGAGUAUGGGGCUGACCACACCUCACAGAUCCAUGUUACUGGCAGGAUUGUCCUCAAUGUGUGGAGGUUAAUGAGGGCAGAGGUGGCACUUCAAAGCUACACUUUAGAGAAUGUGGCAUACCAUGUUCUUCACACCAGAAUUCCGUAUUUUCCUCAUGACUCUCUGAGGAGGUGGUGGUCAGAGGACACAACAAGAUGGCGCACCCUGGAGCACUAUCUAAAUCGCUGUAGUCUCACAAUAGAACUGCUACACCGGUUAGAUCUUAUUCAUCGUACAGCAGAACUGGCAAGGGUGUUUGGAAUUCAGUUCUAUGAUGUAUUGGCUCGUGGAUCACAGUAUCGUGUGGAAUCAAUGAUGCUGCGUCUAACGAGAGGUGCCAACAUGGUGGCAGUCUCUCCCAGCAUCCAGCAGAGGGCUGCCAUGAAAGCCCCUGAGUGGAUUGCUCUCACCAUGGAACCAGAAUCAAGAUUCUACACAGAUCCAGUUGUGGUGCUAGACUUCCAGAGUCUUUAUCCUUCCAUGAUGAUUGCAUACAACUACUGCUACUCAACAUGCAUUGGACGGAUCAACAACCUAGAUGGUCCACAGCCUAUUGAAUUCGGAACAUCCCGCCUCAGGGUCAGUCCGCAGGAGCUCUCCAAGUUUGUGGAUAAGGUCAACAUAUCACCCUGUGGUAUUGCUUUUGUGCCUGCAAGUGUCAGGAGAGGUGUUCUUCCUAAGAUGCUGGAGGAGAUUUUGAAUACAAGGAUAAUGGUAAAGAGGAUGAUGAAAGUGUACAAAAACGACACAUCCCUUCAACGUGUGCUCCACUCUCGCCAACUGGGGCUGAAGCUCAUUGCCAAUGUAACCUAUGGCUACACCAGUGCGAACUUCUCUGGCCGUAUGCCUUGUUCAGAGGUGGGUGACAGUGUUGUGAGCAAAGGUCGCGAGACCCUAGAGCGAUGCAUCCAGUUCAUCAAUUCGAACAAAGCAUGGAAGGCCCAUGUUGUGUAUGGAGACACAGACUCCCUCUUUGUCCACCUGCCUGGUCGUACAAAGGACCAGGCAUUUGUCAUUGGCAGCGAGAUUGCUGAACAGGUGACGCAGAUGUACCCUAAGCCAGUCAAGCUUAAGUUUGAAAAGGUGUAUCUUCCUUGUAUUCUGCAGACAAAAAAGCGGUAUGUUGGCUACAUGUACGAGACUCGAGACCAACGUGAUCCCGAGUAUGACGCAAAAGGCAUUGAAACUGUGCGGAGGGAUGGUUGUCCUGCCAUUGCCAAAAUCCUAGAGAAAUCCCUGCGACUGCUUUUUGAAACAAAGGACAUCUCGCAAGUGAAGGACUUUGUACAGAGGCAGUUUAUCAAGAUACUCCAGGGAAAGGUAUCCAUCCAAGAUUACAUAUUUGCCAAGGAAUACAGAGGAGUCAAGGGAUACAAACCUGGAGCAACUGUCCCAGCCUUAGAGCUGGCAAGACAAUGGACACGGAAAGAUCGCAGGAGAGAACCCAGAACAGGAGAGCGUGUCCCAUAUGUGAUCGUGUAUGGUGCUCCUGGAUUACCUCUUAUUCAGCUGGUGCGAUCUCCAAAAAAUGUCCUAUUGGAUCCUGCCCUUCGCAUCAACUCCAUCUAUUACAUCACACGAGCUAUCAUUCCCCCUUUGGAGAGGUGCUUCUCUCUAUUAGGAGUAGAUGUUAAUUUGUGGUACAAUGAUUUACCAAGACCAACAGCCCAGCAAAAUAAAGCAAUAGUAGCUGAAGCCAGUCAUGGAUCCCUUGUGAAAUCUGUUGCUUCACAUAAUUCGCGUGGAAUGUCAAUUGCACGAUACUUUACACCUGUGUCCUGCGUUGCUUGUGGGGCAACCACCAUGACGGCUCCAACAUCUCAGGGACCUGGGCUUUGUCCAGAUUGUAAGACUAAACCACAGACUACAGUUUUAUGUCUUAAUGAAAAAAUACGGUCCUAUGAAAGGGCACUGGAACAUCUAAGAAAGGUCUGUGAAGGCUGUUUGGGUUGUCACGUCGCUGAUAUUGAGUGCAUUUCCUUGGAUUGCCCUGUUACAUACAAGCGAGAAGAAGCCAGACAAGAACAUAUGCUUGCUUCUCAGCUUCAGAAAGUGGUUCAAAAUGUUGUCGAGGCAGGAAGUACAAGUCCUGUGUGAUUAUUGUUUGGUGAUGCAAGGUUUAUCCAUUGUAUUUGGUAUUUGCCUUUUUUUUAAUGGGGGGAAGGGGACAUUCUGAUGGAAAGCCUGUAGUAAGUUGGGAACACAUACUUUUGUCAAGUCUUAUGAAUGAAUAAACACAGAUAUACAUGUGUAAACCAGAUAAACACAAAUACUCAAUGACGGUUGGAAAAAAAUUGGUGUACUGGAAAAUAGGUUAAAAACCUGGGUGUUAGAAUUUAAUUUUCUUUGUUUUUUCAAUAACUUUCUUGGUUUUUGAAAUGUUUUGUCUCAUUUACUUUUUUGUUUUGUUUAUGAGGCAGUGUACAAUUAAGAACUGUCUGUCUCAUCUGUAAUAGGUUUAUUUUAGUAUAAGAAGAGAUGGAAGCCCGGUAAGUUAGAUUUUGUUGCCUGUUGAGAGUUUUAUAUAAAAAUGAAAAAAAAUUGUGGAUUGUCUUGAUUAUGAAAUCAUACUGUUAGAUACUCUGAGCGAUAAGGUAAAAGGGUAAAGAUUUUUAGGUUUACUGUUUUGUGAUCUCAUUUUGACCUUUGUUGAUUGUAUCUUAUGUAAAUAUUUGUAUUUAUCUUUCUACUGUGUGAAGCCUCUGUUUUGAAGAUAAUCUUUUAGAGAUUGAUAACAAAGUGAAUAUGUAUGGUAAUAAAAGUGUACAAUAAUGAAUAAAACAAUACCUUAAAUGUUGUGACUGACUUUUGAAAAGACAACAUUCAUGUGGGUUAUUGAAUCUUUGACAAACAUACUACAUGCAGCUAUUUUAGCAUGGUCCUGCAAUAUAUUAAGUAAUAUUAAUUGUAAUUAUCAAAUGAAUAAUGAGAACAAAAUCAUUAUGAUACCAUUUAAUUGUUAUUUUUUAAAAUUCUUUUUGAGUUUAUUAUGAUUAUGUAAUUUUUUGUUUUUUAAUCAAGUAUAGGUUUUACAUUACUUGUCGACAAUUCUGUCACAGGGUAUGUGAACCCCUGUACUCGUUUGUUACCAUUGAAUAUUUUCAAAUGUUAUUACUUAAGUUUUGUGUUCAGUGUUAUAGUACAAAUGUAUUUUGGAUUUUAGUCGUGGCGUCUUUUUUUUCUGUUUUGUUUUUCCUUAUUUUAGGCUUUAUACAGUAUAUAACUAUCCUCAAAUGCAGAAAAGUGUCCAAGGGAAAUAACAGUAUUUUGUUAGUUGUGGUUCCAGAUAUGAAAAGAUCAUAGAAGGUGGAUGUGAAAUUUAUUAAAAAUAAAAAGACACAAGUAUUUCUUGAAUUUUUAUAGAGGCAUUUUUUGCAUGGUGUGGCUCAAAAUGGGAGUGAAAUUGGAGUUUUUUUUCGCAUUAUUUGUCAUCUUAUUUUUAAAAAUCAAAUGAUUUUAAUCUCUUCUCUUUCCUUCCUUUUAAAGCAUGCAUCAUUGAGACAUCUCUUUUACGGUCUUUUAAUUCUCUCAUUCAUUCUUUCUAUUUCUUACUCUUUAUCUCAUCUCUCUCAUUUUCUCAUAUUCUCUUUUUAUUCCUUUGUAAGUCUAUUUUUAUCCCAUAUUUGGAAGAUUGUGUCUGCCAAUAAUUAAAGUACAAUUCCUUUCCUUUAUUUUCCCUUUUCCGAUGAGUUAUCACCGAUUGUAUAUUUUUAAUAACUGCAAUUUCGGAGUUUGAGCAAGGUUUUAUCGUGUGCAUUCAAGUGUCACAAAUGUGAUUUAUGUGAUAUGAUCAGUCAAUUUAACCUGUAAGUAUUCUUUUUAUUAACGAUAAAUUAUUUUUUAUUUUUAAUGAUUACAGUCUCGGCAUUCAAAAUGUAUGGUUUUAUUGACUGCUUCUAUCACAGUUGUAAAGUGUACACUAUGCAAAACUAUGAAUAUAUAGUAAUAUAAUGUACAGUAUAGUAUUUAUGAAUGUAUAUGGUGUAACUUUUUUACUGUUGAUUAAAGGUUGGAUGUUUUUAA